AUGCCGUCCCCACCACCUGACUGGGUCAAGGCCCUGAAGCCGGCAGGCCCGCAAGGUUCCGAACUUCUUGCUCAAGAGCGGGCCCAAUCCAACGUCAACGUCGAGAAGUUGUCCGAGUUGCUUCACACCAAGGAGGCCUUGGAGAGGCAAAAGAAGAUUUUGGCUCUGGUUCAGCCGGAAAAGGUCUUUGACAAGUCCCAGAACCACACUCUUGGUCGCGUCGAGCGUCUGCAGCGGUCGUUGGCCAAGGCCAAACGCCUGCAACAGCUGGCUGAGCAGGAGAGAUGGACCACGGAGGAGCUUCACACCGCGAAUGACCUCAUUGGUGAGCCCACACCAUACGGUCUGCAUGCGACCAUGUUUCUGGUGACCCUCCGCGAGCAAGGAACCCCCGAACAACACAAGAUUUUCCUUGAGCGUGCCGAAAAAUACGAGAUUAUUGGUUGCUACGCUCAGACUGAGCUAGGCCACGGGUCCAACGUCCGUGGUCUUGAGACCACCGCCACCUGGAACCCCGACGAUAAGACCUUCACCAUUAACUCUCCAACCCUGACUGCCUCCAAGUGGUGGAUCGGCUCCUUGGGCCGCACUGCCAACCAUGCUGUAGUCAUGGCACAGCUGUUCAUUGCUGGAAAGAACUACGGUCCUCACCCGUUCGUGGUGCAAGUCCGUGACCUCGAGACCCACCAACCCAUGGAGAAUGUGUACGUCGGUGAUAUCGGUCCCAAGUUCGGCUACAACACCAUGGACAACGGUUUCCUGCUGUUCAACAACGUCAAGAUCCCCCACAUCAACAUGCUUGCCCGCUUCUCCAGCAUCGAUAAGGCGACCAACAAAUAUGCCCGUCCCGCUCUACCAACUCUUGUCUACGGAACCCUCACCUGGGUGCGCUCCAACAUCGUCCUUCAGGCCGGUGGUGUUUUAGCCCGUGGUGUUACUAUUGCCACUCGUUACGCCGCCGUCCGGAGACAAUUCCAGGACCGUGAUGCGGAACCCCACGCUGGUGAGAACCAGGUCCUCAACUACAAGAUGGUGCAGGUCCGCCUGUUGCCACUAUUGGCAUCUAUGUAUGCCCUGCACUUUACCGGUCGUGGUAUGAUGCGCCUUUACCAGGAGAACCAGAGCCGGAUGAAGGCGGCCGCCUCGCCAGGUCAGGACUCUCGUGGUGCUGGUCCCGAGGAGCUUCGGGCUGGUGCGGACCUGCUGGCAGAUCUGCACGCUACCUCUUGCGGUCUGAAGGCUCUUGCCAGUACCACUGCUGGUGAGGGCCUCGAGGUGUGCCGUCGCGCAUGCGGUGGUCACGGCUACAGCAGCUACAGCGGUAUUGGACCAUGGUACUCUGACUACCUUCCCACUCUCACCUGGGAAGGUGACAACUACAUGUUGACCCAACAGGUCGCUCGCUACCUGCUUAAAUCUGCUCGUGCCGUUCUAUCUGGCAAGGCUGCCGAUAACGACACUGCCCGCAUUCUGCGAAACUACCUAAACCGUCGCGAUAAGGGUGCCUCCUUCGACGUGCUCGAGGAAGACGCCGACAUCGUGGCUGCUUUCGCCUGGCGUACAGCCCACCUGACCUUCGAGGCUCUGAAGCACCGUGAUGCCGAGAAGCGUUCAUGGAACAGCCUCUUGGUCGACUUCUGGCGUCUCUCGACCGCUCAUUCCCAGUACCUUGUUGUGAAGAACUUCCACGAUGCUGUCACAUCUCCCGAGCUGUCCUCGGCCUUGGACCAGGAAACCAAGACUCUCAUGCAUGCUCUCUUCCGCCUCUUCGCCCUCCACACCCUCGAGCGCGAGGCCGCCGAAUUCUUCUCAUCAGGCGCCGUUACCGUGCGCCAGAUUACCCUGACUCGCACCAAGGCCGUGAUGAAUCUCCUGGAUGAGAUCCGCCCGCACGCUGUGCGCUUAGUGGAUGCCUGGGCGAUUCCGGACUGGCAGCUGGACAGCAGUCUCGGUCGCUCGGACGGCAAGGUCUAUGAAGAUCUGUUCCGCCGGGCUAGUGAGGAGAACCCAGUCAACGAUCUGGUGUUCGACCCGUACCCGUGGAACAAUGCCAUUCUCAAGAAUGGGCCAGCCAAGAGCAAGCUAUAA